AUGGGGUGGAGGAGAUGCCUUGGUGGCUGCCUCGCUUGGUUCGUGACUGGUGGGAAUGGUGAUGCGAUAGAGGAAGAGAAGAGAAAGGUGCGUCAAAGUUGUCUCUCCGUCAACACCAACGUCAUCUCUGCCAGCCUCCGUCUGACUCAGAUUCCAGAUAGGAUCGCACAAAUUUCACAGCCAUUUGCAUCAUUCGGUAUCGUUCGGAAUCCCAGAUACAAAAAUAGUGGAGCUUUCUUGGCGUUGUCUGAUUUUCUAACAUUUGCUAAAGACAAGCCUUUGUCUGGGGUCUUAAUCUCAAUAGAGCAUGCUGCUUUUAUGGAUCAGCAAUUAGGUUUCGGUGUAGUUGAUUCAGUCAUUUCUUCCCUGAAUGAUGCGGGUUAUAACAAGACUACUUUAGAAGUCAUGAUUCAGUCAUCCGACAGCGCUGUUCUACUGAGGUUCAAGCAGCUGACAAAAUAUAAGCUUGUCUAUCAAAUUGAUAAGUCCAUUCGUGACGCUAUCAAUUCCUCGGUGGCCGACAUCAAGACAUUUGCCAAUGCUGUGGCCCUUGACAAGCUAUCUAUUUAUCCUUCAACCCAGCUGUUCACCACAGGUGAAACUGGUCGGGUUUCUCAGUUGCGUGCUGCAGGCCUUGAUGUGUAUGCUUAUGUGCUUCGCAAUGAGUUUGUAUCACAACCAUGGGACUUCCUCUCAGAUCCAACUGUCGAGAUCAAUGCAUAUGUUGCUGGCGCUGGAGUGGAUGGGAUAAUCACUGACUUCCCAGGAACAACUCGUCGUUAUAAGAGGAGUUCAUGCAGGAACUUGGGAAGUGAUGUUCCAAUCUACAUGCAACCUAUUGAAGCUGGCCAACUGUUAUCGCUAAUGACUCCAAACUCGUUGCCUCCAGCAUUGUCGCCAAUUCCACCAUUGACAGUCUCUGAUGUGGUAGAACCGCCUUUGCCUUCUGUGUCGAGAUCUGUAUCUCCUCGUGCGGCGCCUCCAUCUCUUCAGCCUUCGAGCGGGCAGCGUGAUGCCAUACCAUUGCUUGUUUCACUGGUGACAGCCUGUGGAUUUCUGCUUCUCGUCUAA